AUGGCAGAAUCUUCCUCGCAAAAAUCCACAUCAAAAUCAUCAUCUCGUUCCAGGUCUCCUCCUAAACCUCGAAGUACCAGCCCAUAUAAAAAAACUAAAUGCCUUUUACACUCAACUGCCCAAUUUUCUAGUCAAAUAAGUAAUAGUUUAAUUGGGAAAGAGUCAUCACAUUGGUCAUUUUCCAAAGCAGACAGAUUUAAACCACCACCAAAAUUCACAGGUGCCGAAUAUGCAAAUAUUCAGUCUCAUAUUGGUAAAUCAAGAACUACCACAUUUGGCUAUGGAAAACGGUGGCAGCCUUCAAAUCCAAAAGGAAAAGACUCGCCAUCUCCUAAUAAAUAUAGGCUGCCCAGCUGUUUUGACAACUGUGACAAUGGAGCUAAAAUUUUUACUCCAGUGAGAAAUGAAUCUAGACGGUUAUCUACCCCUGGUCCAGGAAGUUAUGAUAUAAAAUCUUUUGUAGGGGAAUCUCCAUCAUACACUUUUAAAGGAAGGAAUAUUUUAAGGUCAAAUAUCGCGCAUCCGCCACCUGGGGCUUAUGAUCCUAAUCAUUCUUUAGUGGAAUCAGGAAGAUACACUGCAAUUGAAUUUGGACGAAAAAGUCCAACGAAACAUUCAAGUGGAGGGAUAACUCCUGGGCCAGGAACUUAUGAUUUUGGAUCUACGUUUGGAUCUGAUAGAUCUCCUUCUCCAGUAUAUAAAAGAAGUGGAAGAAGGACUUUUAGUCUUGAUUUUAGCAAUUUUUAUUAA